AUGAUGUUCCAACUAACACCCAGACGACAUGAGCUCGUCUCGGUGUUCAUGGUUUCUAUUGGAACGACUUUUAUGUUUUUGGGAUACGAUGUGCAAUCGAUGAUGGCCGAAAGUGUACUCCAUUCAGUUAGUACAAGGAAUCCGGAUAGGAUUAGCGAGUAUGCAGGAUACUAUGGCCAAGCCAUCCAAUACAUCUCAUUCGCCUUCUUCUCCCUAUUCACAGCCACCAUCCAAUACUACAUUUCAUCGAAAUCCAUGCUCAUGCUAUCCUCAGUACUAUUUGCUGUCUGCUACGUGGCAUACAUUCAUGUCAAUUCCUACAUCUUCUACUCUUCCCAACUGCUUCUUGGAUUCGCCUAUGCAAUGUACAACAGUGCUGAAGGAACAUACCUCUCCGAACACUCGUCCCGCCGAACCAUCGACUCCAACUCUGCCCUGGAAACUGGUCUCGGCCACACAUCCCUGUUCUUUGGAGGUGUCACAAUGCUAUUCGUUUUCCAUUUCGUACCACACACAUUCGACGGACACUUUUUGAACUUUGAUGAGCAUGUAGUCCAAGUCAUCUACUUCUCUCUUAUGGCUCUUACCAUUGUAUCAGUGGUCCUAUUCACAUUUUUGCCAACAAAACAAUUUGACUCAAUCGCUCUGAACACUCCAAGAGUCACGCCUUCUCUAUUGUCACAAUUCAAACGCUUCGGAGAAUCCUUCACCCAUCUAAACACAUCUCUUCUGAUCUUCACAUAUGUCUACAUGGGAUGUAUGGUAUCGUUCAUGUACGGAAUUUAUCCAACUUCACUGUCGUUCACUUCUGAAACCGCUUCUGACGUCUACAUUAUCGCAUUGUACCUGUUAAGCUCUGGAGCCGCCGCGUUUUUGAGCGCCAUGUUCAUCCGACCAAUGAUUAAACGACUUCAUAAGUAUAAGUUGAUUGUGCCAAUGGCAGUACACUGUACAUCGAUGGCAAUUGUCAUGGUUUUGGUGUACUGUUCGGUGCCGAAUGAGGCAACACAGAAGCCAACCAGCAAUAUGGAUGUGUUGAUUACGCCCAGCCGCUACCUAUCAAUCCUAAUCGGGUUCCUUCUUGGCUUUGCCGACUUCACAAUCACCAUGACAAGAUCUGUCAUUUGCCAGAUUGCUGUUCCAGACUACCGAGCUGAAAUUUUCAGCUUGACACGUAUUUAUCAGUGCGUCGCUUCCUGUGUAAUCCUCUUCAUCUCGCCAUACCUCACUGUCCGAAGCUGGAUUCUCAUUCUCAUCGUUUUCCUUUUGGCUGGAAUUGCAGCAAUGUUUGCAGUUCUGUGCAGGACACAUAAUAAUACGGUAGCCGCGCCAAUUGAGCCGUUGGAGGAGGAAAAAGAUGAAAAGUUCCAGGAGGAGAAGACGUUCGCUUAA